AGUUUGGAAUGUGAGGCCCCAAAAUAGACGUGAACUAUCUUGACUUCAGAGUGAGUCUUUGACAGCGGGCGGGAUCUCGUGUUAGCUGAAGUUAAGCGGAGCAACAAGACCGGUGUUGUGCCGCAAAAGUCUGAAGGUACUUCCCUGACGGGGGCGCUUUUUCUCGCUCAACACCUGUGCGUUGCUCGCAGCGGCGCGGAAGCAGCGUGGUCCGUUCAGUGCCUGUUCUGACUGACACCGGGAAGAAAGAGAAAAAGUUAUUCUAAGUUCGCGGUCUGCACACUGCCAACAUGUCUGGAGAUGAGGAGACACCAGAGCAGACCAUCGCCGAAGACCUGGUGGUCACUAAGUACAAGAUGGGAGCAGAGAUCGCAAACCAGGCUCUGAAGACGUUAGCCGAGGCCGCUGCACCUGGAGUCUCGGUGCUCAGCCUCUGUCAAAAAGGAGAUGAAUUCAUCGCAGCAGAAACCGGUAAAAUCUUCAAAAGGGAGAAAGACAUGAAGAAAGGCAUCGCGUUCCCAACCUGUGUGUCGGUCAACAACUGCGUAUGUCACUUCUCCCCUCUGAAAAGUGACCCUGAUGUAACCCUGAAAGAUGGGGACCUUGUGAAGAUUGACCUCGGGGUGCAUGUUGAUGGCUUCAUCUCAAAUGUGGCUCAUAGCUUCGUUGUUGGGGCAACAAAGGAGAACCCUGUGACGGGGCGGAAAGCUGAUGUCAUCAAAGCAGCUCACCUGUGUGCAGAAGCUGCUCUCCGGCUCGUCAAGCCAGGAAACCAGAACACUCAGGUCACAGAAGCCUGGAACAAAAUUGCCAAGUCAUUCAAGUGCUCCGCAGUUGAGGGCAUGCUGUCUCAUCAGCUUAAACAGCAUUUGAUCGAUGGCGAGAAAACCAUCAUUCAGAACCCAACGGACCAGCAGAAAAAGGACCAUGAGAAGGCGGAGUUCGAAGUUCACGAGGUCUACGCUGUGGAUGUGCUGAUCAGCACUGGGGAGGGAAAGGCAAAGGACGGUGGCCAGCGGACCACAGUUUACAAGCGAGACCCCAAUAAGGUCUACGGGUUGAAGAUGAAAACGUCCCGCACGUUCUUCAGCGAGAUGGAGAGACGAUUCGACACGAUGCCCUUCACUUUGAGAGCAUUCGAGGACGAAGCCAAGGCCAGGCUGGGUGUGGUGGAGUGCGCCAAGCAUGAGCUGCUGCAGCCGUUCGCCGUGCUGUACGAGAAGGAAGGGGAAUGUGUGGCCCAGUUCAAGUUCACCGUUCUGCUCAUGGCGAACGGACCACUGCGGAUCACCAGCAGCCUCUUUGAGUCCGAGCUCUACCAGUCUGAGCACGACGUGCAAGACCCAGAGCUGAAGGUUUUGCUUCAGAGUUCGGCCAGCCGCAAGGCUCAGAAGAAGAAGAAAAAGAAGGCUUCAAAGACCGUAGAGAAUGCGACAGGACAGGCGAUGGAGACCGACGCUGCCGAGUAAAUUUCAAUAAACGGUGGCAGGAAACCCGAUGAACCCAAAGAACAGACGUCACGAUUCUUUCUGUCCCGGCUGUCUGAGGGACUUGAGGGCGUAUAGCUGCUGUGAAUGCCUCUGAUGUCAGUCUGGAAGGAAGCUGCUCCAGAAUCCUGUCACUCCAUAAAAACAUGGCAUCAAGUCUCA